UCCUCCCCGGCUCCAUGCCUAGUCUCCAUAUAAAAGCGGCGCCGCCUCCCCGCCCGCUCGCACUCCCCACUCCUCUCCGCUGCGCGCCCUAGGAGAGGGCGGAGGGGGAGGCGGCGCGCAGCGCCAGGAGGAGGGGGGACGCAGGGGGCGGAGCGGAGACAGCACCUUCGGAGAUAAUCCUUUCUCCUGCCGCAGAGAAGAGGAGCGGCCGGAGCAGGACACUUCGCCGAGGCAGAGCGGACCGGCAGGAUGGCGACCGUGGUGGUGGAAGCCGCGGAGCCUGAGCUGUCCGGCAGCACUGCCAACCCGGCGGCGUCCACCUCGCCCAGCCUCUCACAUCGCUUCCUCGACAGCAAGUUUUAUCUGCUGGUGGUCGUCGGUGAGAUAGUGACCGAGGAGCACCUGCGACGCGCCAUAGGCAACAUCGAGCUCGGAAUCCGAUCAUGGGACACAAACCUGAUUGAAUGCAACUUAGACCAAGAACUGAAACUUUUUGUAUCCCGACACUCGGCAAGAUUCUCUCCUGAGGUCCCAGGACAAAAGAUCCUUCAUCACCGAAGUGACGUUUUAGAAACAGUGGUCCUGAUCAACCCUUCAGAUGAAGCGGUCAGCACUGAGGUGCGCUUAAUGAUCACUGACGCUGCCCGGCACAAGCUGCUCCUGCUGACAGGACAGUGCUUCGAAAAUACUGGCGAGCUCAUUCUCCAGUCCGGCUCUUUCUCCUUCCAGAACUUCAUAGAGAUUUUUACCGAUCAAGAGAUUGGUGAAUUACUGAGUACCACCCAUCCUGCCAACAAAGCUAGUUUAACCCUUUUCUGUCCAGAAGAAGGAGACUGGAAGAACUCCAACCUCGACAGACACAAUCUCCAAGACUUCAUCAAUAUUAAACUCAACUCGGCUUCUAUAUUGCCAGAAAUGGAAGGACUUUCCGAGUUUACCGAGUAUCUCUCAGAAUCAGUGGAAGUCCCGUCUCCCUUUGAUAUUCUGGAACCUCCCACAUCGGGUGGAUUUCUAAAGCUCUCCAAACCCUGUUGCUACAUCUUUCCAGGAGGGAGAGGUGAUUCUGCCUUGUUUGCAGUGAAUGGAUUCAAUAUGCUCAUCAAUGGAGGAUCAGAAAGAAAAUCCUGCUUCUGGAAGCUCAUUCGACACUUGGACCGAGUGGACUCCAUCCUGCUCACCCACAUUGGGGAUGACAAUUUGCCUGGGAUAAACAGCAUGCUACAGCGGAAAAUUGCAGAGCUUGAGGAAGAACAGUCCCAAGGCUCCACCACUAAUAGUGACUGGAUGAAAAACCUCAUCUCCCCUGAUUUAGGAGUUGUAUUUCUCAAUGUCCCUGAAAAUCUGAAAAACCCAGAUCCGAACAUCAAGAUGAAGAGAAGCAUAGAAGAAGCUUGCUUCACUCUCCAGUACCUAAACAAACUGUCCAUGAAACCAGAACCUCUAUUCAGAAGUAUAGGCAAUAUCAUUGAUCCUGUCAUUCUUUUCCAAAAAAUGGGAGUCGGUAAACUUGAGAUGUACGUGCUUAACCCACUCAAGAGCAGCAAGGAAAUGCAGUAUUUUAUGCAGCAGUGGACUGGCACCAACAAAGAUAAGGCUGAACUAAUCCUGCCUAAUGGUCAAGAAAUAGAUAUCCCAGUCUCCUACCUAACUUCAGUUUCAUCUUUGAUCGUGUGGCAUCCAGCAAACCCUGCAGAGAAAAUCAUCCGAGUCCUAUUUCCGGGAAAUAGCACCCAAUACAAUAUCCUGGAAGGACUAGAAAAGCUCAAACAUUUAGACUUCCUGAAACAGCCACUGGCCACCCAAAAGGAUCUAACUGGUCAGGUGGCCACUCCUGCUGUGAAACAAGUAAAAUUGAAACAGAGGGCUGAUAGCCGAGAAAGUCUGAAGCCAGCCACAAAAACCCUUGCCAGCAAAUCUGUGCGAAAGGAGUCUAAAGAAGAAACCCCUGAGGUCACAAAAGCGAAUCAUGUGGAAAAAUCACCCAAAGUUGAAAGCAAGGAAAAGGUAACAGUGAAAAAAGACAAGCCUGUAAAAACAGAGACCAAACCUCCAGUGACUGAAAAGGAGGUGCCCAGCAAAGAAGAGCAGCCCCCCGUGAAAGCCGAGGUCGCUGAAAAGCAAGCCACAGAUGUCAAACCCAAAGUCACUAAGGAGAAGACGGUGAAAAAGGAAACAAAGGCAAAACCUGAAGAAAAGAAAGAGGAGAAGGACAAGACAAAGAAAGAAGUGGCUAAAAAGGAGGACAAGACACCUAUCAAGAAAGAAGAAAAACCAAAAAAGGAAGAGACGAAAAAGGAAGUCAAAAAAGAAAUCAAGAAAGAAGAGAAAAAAGAAUCCAAGAAAGAGGUUAAGAAAGAAACACCACUCAAGGAAGCCAAGAAGGAAGUUAAGAAGGAAGAAAAGAAGGAAAUUAAAAAGGAAGAAAAGGAACCCAAAAAAGAAAUUAAGAAACUUCCUAAAGAUGCAAAGAAAUCAUCUACUCCUCUCUCUGAAGCAAAAAAACCAGCUGCACUGAAACCAAAAGUACCCAAGAAGGAAGAGUCUGUCAAGAAAGAUUCUGUUGCUGCCGGGAAGCCAAAGGAGAAGGGGAAAAUUAAAGUCGUCAAGAAGGAAGGCAAGACAGCAGAGGCUGCGGCUGCAGCCAUUGGCACUGUGGCCGCUGCAGCGGCCGUGGCAACAGCAGCUGGAAUAGCAACCGCUGGCCCCACCAAAGAACUGGAAGCUGAGAGGUCCCUUAUGUCGUCCCCUGAGGAUCUAACCAAGGACUUUGAAGAGCUGAAGGCUGAAGAGGUCGAUGUAGCAAAAGACAUCAAGCCUCAGCUGGAACUGAUCGAAGAUGCAGAGAAACUGAAGGAGACUGAGCCGGUCGAAGCCUACGUCAUCCAGAAAGAGACAGAAGUCAUCAAAGGUCCCGCUGAGUCCCCUGACGAGGGGAUCACCACCACUGAAGGGGAGGGUGAAUGUGAGCAAACGCCCGAGGAGCUGGAGCCGGUCGAGAAGCAGGGGGUGGACGACAUUGAAAAAUUUGAAGACGAAGGAGCAGGUUUUGAAGAAUCCUCAGAGACUGGUGACUAUGAAGAGAAGGCAGAGACUGAGGAGGCUGAGGAGCCAGAAGACGAUGGUGAAGAAGCCGCGUGUGUGAGCACCUCCAAGCACAGCCCCGUGGAGGAGGACGAAAGCGCAAAGGCUGAGGCAGACGUGCACAUCAAGGAGAAGAGGGAGUCUGUGGCCAGUGGUGAUGACCGAGCAGAAGAAGACAUGGACGAGGCAGUGGAGAAAGGAGAAGCUGAACAGUCUGAAGAGGAGGGUGAUGAGGAGGACAAAGCUGAGGAUGCCAGAGAGGAAGAAUAUGAGCCCGAAAAAGCUGAAGCUGAAGAUUACGUGAUGGCCGUGGUGGACAAGGCUGCGGAGGCUGGUGGUGCCGAGGAUCAGUAUGGAUUCCUUACCACCUCAGCCAAGCAGCUGGAAGCCCAGUCUCCUGCCCGGGAACCUGCCUCUUCGAUUCACGAUGAGACUUUACCUGGAGGCUCGGAGAGCGAGGCCACUGCUUCCGAUGAGGAGAAUCGAGAAGACCAGCCUGAAGAAUUCACCGCCACCUCUGGCUACACUCAAUCCACCAUUGAGAUAUCCAGUGAGCCCACCCCGAUGGAUGAGAUGUCCACUCCCCGCGACGUGAUGAGCGACGAGACCAACAACGAAGAGACAGAGUCCCCGUCGCAAGAAUUUGUAAAUAUCACCAAAUACGAGUCUUCACUGUAUUCUCAGGAAUACUCCAAACCGGCUGUUACAUCGCUCAAUGGGUUAUCUGAAGGGUCAAAAACAGAUGCCACUGAUGGUAAGGAUUACAAUGCUUCAGCCUCCACCAUCUCACCACCCUCCUCCAUGGAGGAAGACAAAUUUAGCAAAUCUGUUCUACGUGAUGCUUACUGCUUUGAAGGGAAAGACUUGAAAGCCAGCGCCACGUUGGAGAUCAAAGACACUGUCUCAGCAGUUUCAGAUGAAAAACUUAGUUCAUCCAAGAGCCCUUCCCUGAGCCCUUCUCCGCCAUCACCCAUAGAAAAGACCCCCCUGGGUGAACGUAGUGUGAACUUUUCUCUGACACCCAAUGAGAUUAAAGUCUCAGCAAAGGCAGAAACAGCCCCAGUGUCUCCUGAGGUGACCCGAGAAGUGGUUGAAGAACAUUGUGCUAGUCCUGAGGAUAAAACCCUGGAAGUGGUAUCUCCGUCUCAGUCUGUGACUGGCAGUGCUGGCCACACACCUUACUACCAAUCUCCCACCGAUGAGAAAUCCAGUCACCUCCCUACAGAAGUCAUCGAAAAACCGCCAGCAGUUCCAGUGAGUUUUGAAUUCAGCGAUGCCAAAGAUGAGAACGAAAGGGCUUCCAUAAGCCCCAUGGACGAACCUGUGCCUGACUCGGAGUCUCCUAUUGAAAAGGUCUUGUCUCCUCUACGGAGCCCUCCCUUAAUUGGAUCCGAGUCUGCAUAUGAAAGUUUUCUGAGUGCUGAUGACAAGGCUCCUGGUAGACGUGCCGAAAGCCCUUUCGAAGGAAAGAAUGGAAAACAAGGCUUUUCGGACCAAAUAAGUCCACUGUCUGACAUGACUUCCACUGGUCUCUUCCAAGACAAACUGGAAGGGAAAAGCACAGACUUUAUACCAAUAAAGGAAGACUUUGGUCAAGAAAAGAAAACGGACGAUAUUGAAGCCAUGAGUUCUCAAUCGGGACUGGCUUUGGAUGAAAGGAAGUUAGGAGGAGAUGUUUCUCCUACACAGAUAGAUGUCAGUCAGUUUGGAUCUUUCAAAGAAGACACUAAGAUGUCCAUUUCUGAAGGCACUGUCUCAGACAAGUCAGCUACUCCUGUUGAUGAGGGUGUAGCAGAAGACACAUACUCUCAUAUGGAGGGGGUGGCCUCAGUCUCCACAGCUUCUGUGGCUACGAGCUCAUUUCCAGAGCCAACAACAGAUGAUGUGUCUCCUUCUCUGCAUGCUGAGGUUGGCUCCCCGCAUUCCACAGAAGUAGACGACUCCCUUUCCGUGUCUGUCGUGCAAACGCCUACCACUUUCCAGGAAACAGAAAUGUCUCCAUCUAAAGAGGAAUGCCCAAGACCAAUGUCAAUUUCUCCACCAGACUUCUCCCCUAAAACAGCCAAAUCCAGAACACCAGUUCAAGAUCACAGAUCUGAACAGUCCUCAAUGUCUAUCGAAUUUGGUCAAGAAUCCCCUGAGCACUCUCUUGCUAUGGACUUUAGUCGACAGUCUCCAGAUCACCCUACAGCGGGUGCAGGUCUGCUUCACAUUACUGAAAAUGGGCCAACUGAGGUGGACUACAGUCCUUCUGACAUGCAGGACUCUAGUUUAUCACAUAAGAUACCACCAAUGGAGGAGCCAUCCUACACUCAAGAUAAUGAUCUUUCUGAGCUCAUCUCAGUAUCUCAGGUCGAGGCCUCCCCAUCCACCUCUUCUGCACAUACCCCUUCUCAGAUAGCUUCUCCUCUCCAAGAAGAUACCCUAUCUGAUGUUGCUCCUCCCAGAGAUAUGUCCUUAUAUGCCUCACUCACUUCUGAAAAAGUGCAAAGUCUGGAAGGAGAAAAGCUAUCACCAAAAUCUGAUAUCUCUCCACUCACCCCAAGAGAGUCCUCUCCUUUAUAUUCACCUAGUUUUUCAGAUUCUACCUCUGCAAUCAAAGAAAACAUAGCAGCUUGCCACACUUCCUCUUCUCCACCAAUAGAAGCAGCAUCCGCAGAGCCCUAUGGCUUUCGUGCCUCGAUGUUAUUUGAUACGAUGCAACACCAUCUAGCCUUGAAUAGAGAUUUGACCACAUCUGUUGUGGAAAAGGACAUUGGAGGGAAGACACCUGGUGACUUCAGCUAUGCCUAUCAAAAGUCCGAGAAAACGAGGUCCCCAGAUGAAGAAGGUUAUGACUACGAGUCUUACGAAAAAACCACCCGGACCCCAGAUGUGAGUGGCUAUUACUAUGAGAAGACGGAGAGAACCACUCAAUCCCUGUGUGACAGUGGCUACUCACACGAAACCACUGAGAAAACCACCAAGACUCCUGACGAUGACAGCUAUGCCUAUGAAAUUACUGAGAAGACCACACGGAGCCCCGAAGAAAGUGGGUACUCAUAUGAGAUAAGUGAGAAGACGAUAAGAACCCCUGAAGUGAGUGGCUACGGCUAUGAGAAGACCGAGAGGUCCAGAAGGCUGCUGGAUGACAUCAGCAAUGGCUACGAUGACUCUGAAGAUGGUGGCCACACACUUGGGGAUUCCAGCUACUCUUAUGAGACCACUGAGAAAAUUGCCAGUUUCCCUGAGUCUGAAAGUUACUCCUGUGAGACAUCGACAAAGACCACACGCACCCCUGAUACGUCCACAUACUGUUAUGAGGCUGCAGAGAAAAUCAGUAGAACCCCCCAGGGGUCUACAUAUUCCUAUGAGACUUCGGACCAGUGCUACGCUGCAGAAAAGAAGUCCCCCUCAGAGGCUCGUCAGGAUGUCGAUUUAUGCCUCGUAUCCUCCUGUGAAUACAAGCAUCCCAAGACAGAGCUGUCACCCUCCUUCAUUAAUCCCAACCCUCUCGAAUGGUUUGCCAGUGAAGAGCCAACUGAAGAAUCCGAGAAGCCCCUCACCCAAUCAGGGGGAGCCCCACCGCCUCCAGGAGGAAAGCCACAGGGGCGACAAUGCGACGAAACCCCUCCCACCUCAGUCAGCGAGUCCGCCCCAUCUCAGACCGAUUCCGAUGUCCCCCCAGAGACUGAAGAGUGCCCCUCCAUCACAGCUGAUGCAAAUAUCGACUCUGAAGAUGAAUCAGAAACCAUCCCCACAGACAAAACCGUCACAUACAAACACAUGGACCCACCUCCGGCCCCAAUGCAGGACCGCAGCCCUUCUCCACGCCACCCUGACGUGUCCAUGAUGGACCCAGAGGCCUUGGCCAUCGAGCAGAACCUGGGCAAAGCUCUGAAGAAAGACCUGAAAGAGAAGACCAAAACCAAAAAGCCGGGUACGAAGACCAAGUCAUCUUCACCUGUCAAAAAGAGUGAUGGGAAGUCCAAGCCCUCUGCAGCUUCGCCAAAACCAGGGGGCUUGAAAGAAUCCUCAGAUAAAGUGUCUAGAGUGGCUUCUCCUAAGAAGAAGGAAUCUGUGGAAAAAGCAACGAAACCUACCACCACUCCCGAGGUCAAAGCUGCACGUGGAGAAGAGAAAGACAAGGAGACCAAGAAUGCCGCCAACGCCUCCACAUCCAAAUCGGUAAAGACUGCGACUGCAGGACCAGGAACCACCAAGACAGCCAAGCUCUCAGCUGUGCCUCCAGGACCCCCUGUGUAUUUGGACCUGUGCUACAUUCCCAACCACAGCAAUAGUAAGAAUGUUGAUGUCGAAUUCUUCAAGAGAGUGAGGUCGUCCUACUACGUGGUGAGUGGGAAUGACCCUGCUGCUGAGGAGCCCAGCCGGGCUGUCCUGGAUGCCUUGUUGGAAGGGAAGGCCCAGUGGGGCAGCAACAUGCAGGUAACCCUGAUUCCAACUCAUGACUCGGAAGUGAUGAGGGAAUGGUACCAGGAGACCCAUGAGAAACAGCAGGACCUCAACAUCAUGGUUUUAGCAAGCAGCAGCACAGUGGUUAUGCAAGAUGAAUCCUUCCCUGCGUGCAAGAUUGAACUGUAAAGACCAAGGCCAGCCACACCACAGGAUUUGAACUUUGUUUCCAGAAAGUCUUCAAUUUAAAAUCACCUUUUCUAAAAUGUCAAUUCGUCUAAAUAAGUCACUGAACCAUUACCUGCCAAACACUAGACUGUGUCAUGGUGAUGCAAGUCACUAAUAUUUCUCAGUUUUUGCUGAUUGCUAAGGGAAGUAACAGUAUUCCCACACUAGGGUUCAAGUUACUGCAAAAUUACCUACCCCAGUUCAUCUCUGCUAAGCAUUUGGAAACCAUGCACUAGCAAACCCAACUGACUUCUGCUAGAUAGAGGCAUUUGUCUUAGAAAGAGAGAAAGCGAGAGAAAGAGCGCACACAGAGAGAGAACGCAGGACAGAGAGAGAGAGAGAGAGAAUGAGAAAGAAAAAGAAUGCAAGAGAAGGAGAUGUAAUGGUAGAGAGUGCUGGUGAGAUACCCAGAGAGAAAGAGAGAGAGAGCAGGGUGGGGUAAGGAAGAGAAAAUAACCAACAAUUUGGUCUGCAUAUUCUCAGGCAGUCUGUAUUCUAUAGUCUACAUAGGCAAAGUUUUCAACUUGUGUCAGUCUGAGUCAUCAAAAGGGUCUUAAUUUUCUAAAACAACUUGGCUGGAAGAAAACAAAAAGAACAGAACUUGUUAUGAAGGCAUGUGAGAUUUUCACGCCUUAAUUAAGCUCCUUCAGUUUGAAGGCUGCACACUGACAUAACAUAGUGAUUGUAGAUUGGACAUGCAAGUGGUUUGAACCCCAUUCAGAACUCUUAGACUCUUCAAACACACGAGUAGAUUGAUCUAAGGCAUGCUCCCAGCAUCUGUGCACCCAGUUAGUCCACUCUGAGUCAAUUAACCUGCAUGCAGAAACACCCAAGUCCAUCCCAAUUAACAAGCAAAUACCAAAGCAGUUGGGAGUACAUAUGGUAGACAAUUUGCCUUAGAAAGUGACUUGAAUGUACAAAGAUACUUGAUGCACUUAUUAUUUUUUAAUGUGAGACAGCAAGUUUAUAAAACAUCCGUGUAGGAUUAUAGCUACUCCAGUUACAGGAGCGUGUGUGUACGCGUGUGGGAGUACUAGAAGCUGAUCUGAAAGGUGCAACAGUUUGAUGCUGAGUCAUGCGUGUGUGGAAUACCACCUCGGUGCCCCUGUGGCCCCUCAGCCAAACCAGUUGAGCCUUUCAUAGCUUCUUUACUACUGCAAGUUCAAGAUUGAAAUGGCUUCUAUGAUCAGAACUGGGAAAACAGUGAAUCUUAAUGGUGAAAGAGGUUCUCCAAGUGUACAGUAUUUACCUUCCAUUGUCUUACAUUGGCUUUUUUUAAUUUUCCAUUAAUUUCAGCAUAAUUAUGGGAACAAGUGUACAGAAGAAUUUUUUUUUAGGUAUGUGAGAACUUUUCAUAGAUGAACUUUUUAACAAAUGUUUUCAUUUGCAGGAAAAUGCUAAGAAAAUUUUCAAAUGACAGUCUUUUUUUUUUUUUUAAGUGUUUCGUAAGACAAAAAAUGAAUAAUGUUUUUUGAAGUUCUGGUGAGAUUGAAGUCUGAUAUUGCAGUAAUAAUAUUUAUUAAAACCCACAACUACCAGGAAUAGUGAUACCUCCCACCCCUUGAUUCCCAUAACAUAAAAAUCUGAGUAUGUGCUAUUUGAGAGUAGGGGAGAAUGGCAUGGUAGGGUACUUUUUCCAGGCCUUUACAUCACCCAGUGAUAUCCUACAUACUUCUUUCAAGAUCUUCAACCAUGAGGUAAAAGAGCCAAGAUGAGUUCAAAGAACCCUAGCAAAAUUUGCUUUGGGAUUUUCUUUUCUGAAAAAAAAAAAGAAAGAAAGAAAAAAGAAAGAAAAGAAAGAAAGAGAGAGAAAGAAAACAGAAAUAAUACAUUGAAAGCAAAUGAAUUCCCAGCUCCUACGAUUCAUCGUGUAGAGUUCAAAGAUCAUUUCCAUCAUUGUCAUUGAACAGUGAAUCUGGGAAGUCAGAUCACGAUUAAAACUGAUGUCAAGUUUCAAGUUGCAGAUCGAUGCACCCGGUGUUCAGAUGUGGCAAACUUCUCAGUGACAACUGUAUUGUGCUCUGUCACGUUGUGUUUCCUGCAGACUCUAAGAUCUCCGGAGUAGUGAACAAUGACCUCAUUUUAUUUUCUACGUUAGUUAUUUAUUUCAAAAAUAACAUUUUAGUUUAUUUUUGUCUGAUAAGUGUAUGUUUUGCACUGCUAACUUACUAUGAGGGUUUAAACAAUGCUUCUUCAGGGUCUUUUCACUGAGGACCUAUGCAGUCUAAUUAAUGCUGUGAAUUACAUUUUCAAAUGUUUAAUUUUUUAAAAAAAUUAAUAUUCUAUUUUUUUUAGGCUUCUCUGGAAAUGCAGCUUUUAUUUAUUACUCCAUUUUUUCAAGUCUUUAAAAACAACACAUUGAUUAAGGGUACAAAAAAUUAACACAUGAUGGAAAACAUUGCAACAUAAAUGAAUUUCAUUGAGUAUAAACUCAUCUACUUCAAACUUAUUUAAUGAGACAACCUAAGAUACUAAGAUAAUUAUUUAAUGAUUAGUAGUUGAGUUAGUACACAUAAUGAGAAAAGAAAUUUGCAGCCUUCUUGCCAAAUCCAGACCUCUGGUUGACUUUUCUUUGAUAGAAGAUGGAAUUAUUUUCUAAUUUCCCAAAUUAAAUUUAUUUAACAUGUACAUUAUUUUGCUUUAAAAAUUACCAACAUUUUAGAAGAAUUAUAGCCAGUUUUCAAUUAUAACCAUUCUAUCCCACUCCUUAUUUUUUAUUAUUAUUGUUAUUAUUUUUAUUUUUAUUUUUAUUUUUUUGCUAUGGGAUUUAAUGGGAAAAAUAUACAAAAGCUGUCACUGGUCAGCUGGCUCUUUUUCCUAUGAAAUAUACCUUUCUCCAUCCAUUGUUCUCAGUGAUGACCACAGAGCCUGAGUAUACCAGGAAUACCAAUAUUUGCAUUACAGGUUGCUCCUGUCCUUCCAGAGAACUUUCUAACUGGGUGACUAACCUAAUUUUGCUAGUUCCAUAAAUACACAAUUAGUUUAGUAACAGCCAUCACAAUGUACCGUGUACAUUCAUGGUGAGAGCUAAAGAUUGACACAGACUUCCGGGAGCUUUAUUCAUACCGAUAACUUAAUCCAACUGUAUGGAUUGAAUUUCUGCGUGGAAGGAAUUUACACUUUGUUUAAACGAUGGAAUUCUAUUGAGAUAGCACUCAUGAUCAUGACCUUUUUGGUAGUAUUCUUAAGCAAAAUUCUACAGAGACUAAAUGUUAGAGAUGAUCCUCCAUUUUCAAUUUUAACUAAUUCUAUUCCCUUUCUCAAAACCCAACCCUCGUGCAUGCUUUCUCAGUCUUGUGGUGGGACUGGAUACAGUGACUGACCCCCUUCCCCCAAUUCCAUUUUUCAUGGAGUUGAAAAAAAAAUUUUUUUUUUCUUAACCUUACAUAUCAUAGUGAAUGGUUUCCCCAGUGUAUAUGAAUGUUUUAAGUGUCUCCAAUAGCUUAUGCAGUUUAGGAGCUUUUCAAUACUCAUUUAAUAAGAUUAAAUCAUUCGUUAAUGGAAAUUUUACCACCUUCCAUUUUCCUUCUGUUACCAAAUUUCAGCUCUCAGGAGCUGUUCUACAAUUCUGAAAUUGCUUUUCUUGCCUCUCUUUAGUCACCUGUCACAGGAGGUUCUUGCUCAGUAAUGAUAUUGUGAAUUAGAUUAAUAACAUUUUUUUUUUUUUUGCGCUUCAGAUUUAGAAGAUCCUGUUUCCAUUUGAAAGGAACUGUGAGCUUUUAUCUUUUAACCAACUGAACAACACACCAAAAGCAGUCUAGGGAUGAGCAUUUCUUUGAAAGCAAUUAGGUUAUUCACCUGGUAUUAAAAUGAUUUACUAUUAAAAAAAUCUGUGACUUUAUUAAGUUGAUUUAAAAGGCAGCAUCAAAAACUGAAAAGGAAGGGGAAAAAAAUAGCUUCUCUGCAUUCAUUUGGAGAGCUCCCCAAAGCAGGGACCAUUGAGAUGAGGCAUCAGGACUGGGCUGCCCUUUUGAGAACACCCCGUAGCAGGUCAGAGUCGGCUUACCUGUGCUGCAUGCAGCCCUUCUCCUUCUGGCCCUGGAAAGAAGUGGUCUUGAGCUCGGCAGAGAAGCACCUCCCACUCCUCUCUCUUGUUCUGAAUGGUGUUUGUGUCAGUCUGCAGCUGUGUAUGGUAUUAUGUCUUAUAAUCCUGCAUCACUUCUAUCCUAUCCAGUCAUAUCUAAUGUAGAAAAUUAGUUUCCAGUGAAAGUAAUAUGUAGUGCUUUUAUGAUAUUUGUGUGCAAUAUCCCCUCUUCCAUUGAGGAUAUUUGAUGUAAAAGAAAAAAAGAAACAAACUCAGUUCCACAAUAAAAUACAAAAGUGGCAAAAGUU